AAAUUACGCUUGCGUAGUGUCGUAGUAGCUGCAGCGGUCUGCUUGCAGCAAAGACCUUUGAUUAUCACUGCGAAAUAUAUUAUACGAACGUAGUGUACGCCCCAGUGGACUAUUUCCCUUCAAGGUACCCACGAUCGGGCGGAACCGAAGAGAUUAUUUUAUUGUUUAAUCGCUAGUCCCUCCUAUUCUGAAGAGCUCUCAUUCUACCCAAAGAGAAACUUCCCCGAACCUGAUAUUCUACGACAUUGAAAGAAAUGUCUCGAUACGCUAGUCAAUUUGUAAAGCAGCUGGGAAGCAAGGAGUUCAGAGACUACCUGUGCAGGCAACAUUUCUGGGGACCUGUUGCUAACUGGGGAAUUCCCCUGGCUGCGAUAGCGGAUAUCAAGAAGGACCCAAGCAUUAUUAGCGGCAAGAUGACUACGGCAUUGUGCAUAUACUCCCUGCUAUUUAUGAGAUUUGCGCUGAAAGUGCAGCCCAGAAACAUGCUCCUUUUUGCCUGCCACUUCACAAAUGAGGCUGCUCAAAUUGUCCAAGGAUGUCGGCUUAUCAAACAUGAGUAA